CAGAACGUGAGUUCACAGACUGCACGCCAGUGUUGAUACGCAAGCUGCGACGAGACAUAUGAGGCUUUAGUGGUUCGCCGUACUUAUUCCCAGUUCCAAAUUAGGCGCCACCAUCAGUGCAAAAGAAAGUCUUUCCUUCAACAUGCAGGAAACAAGCGGCUCAGAAGGUUCUGCAGCAAAUGAGCCCAUGGAUGUUGAUCAUACAGGCGCCUCCUUAUCCACAGCAGCGAGAGCGCCAGUAUCACAGGGCAGUCCGCGUCAAAUUGCGGCCGAGCAAUGGCUCGAAGGUCUGAUGUCUCGAACAUCGCAGCGGCAUUACGACAUUUUGCUUCACCUUUGGAGUCACUGUGGCCCCGAGCACGCGGAAUUCGAGCGAUUCAUUGCCAGCGCCGAUUUCUACGUCACAGCCGUCCACUCGGAAUGCGCUUUUGACCCACCCCCUGAACGCAUUCGAAAUCUCUUCAAAGGUUUUACGCGGCUCCGCAUGUUGGAACUCUUGUGUCACCAACAAGAUCAAAGCAACCCCGCAGUCAGGUCCCACAUAUAUUUCAAGCAGUACAACAAACUUUCCAAGGCAUUUUUCGAGACCGAAUAUCUAGGCACUGCAGAUGAUUUCUUUGUCAGGACAUUGGCCGACUACGAGGCGCGCUUUACCCCGGAGAGGCUUGAAGCUGUCAGCAAAAUUCCGCGAAGUGCUGAUGAAGAAGGCACUAAGGUCCAAUUGGAAGUCCACGGAGAUACUUUGUGGCACUCGCGAUCGCUCGCCAUCGUUCAAAGUAGCGGCACGGGCAAGUCUCGGCUGGUGGAACGCCUCAACGGGCGCGUAUCUUGUGAGCAGCAGCCCAGCGAAGUACACCUCGCAUUCUCCUUAUGCCUCCGUCGCGAGGAUGAAGCCGCGUUCCCACUCGGAGACUGGAGGUUCUACAAGUGGCUUACAGAAGAUCUUCGCCCUGUCGUAUCACAUUCAUCUCCUCACGCGGUGGCACUCGUGUAUAAUAUUCGUUGGAUGACUCUGCUCAGAGCCAUCUACCAGGCAAGUGCGACAGCUGUGUGUAGGAUGGCCGGAGAACCAACGGCCGAGUCUCUUGCUAAGCAUUGGAAGACCGAGUGUGGGGCCAAAAUUCGCACGCUAGAAGACGACACGCGUCAUGAAGCUCACGCCGACGUGCACCUAUACAACGAGACCGAAAGGCUGGCGGAAGAUCUAUGGUCCAGCGCGCUUUCCAGUCUCUACGCUGGCAAAGCUUUCAUCGAUCACGAGAGAUACGAGUCAGUUCAUCAGCUCAACAAGAGACUUCUGCGAGAAGACGCCAUGAGCUUGUACCAGUCACUGGACACAAUCCACAACACUCGAGCUUGGUUUCACGUCUGUCUGGACGAAAUAGCAAAUAUUCAACCUCCACAUUUCAACCAACCUCCACCUUUCAGCAAGGACUUCGUGCCAACCAGUAAAUUCUCAUGGGUCGAACGUUUACGCUCUGUGUUCUGUCCCGAUGAUGGAGAGCUAGAGCUUCCGCCUCGCUUCUGGCUCAUCAUGCUUGGAACAAACGCUAGCUUUGCGGCCCUCACCCCACCUACCAAGGAGGCAUCCUCGUUCCGCAUUGCCAAUGGCAGGUUAUCACAUUUUCCACCUUAUAUGCACACCUCCACGAACGUCUGGCUUACCGCUCAUGAGGACUAUAAGCGAAAAAUUUUUACAGCUUCCCCUUACACGGCCAGCAGACCACAUUUGCUGGCGCGUUGGGGCAGACCUCUCUGGCAGUCUGUCAUGUCGUACGACAAGACAACGCCGAUGCUGGCAGACCCAACCUCCAGCUUGUCAGGCGAAUAUCUAUCGUUCGUCACUCGAAAGCUGCUCAGGGCGGGCUCAGAGCAGAACGAACUCUUCGAAAUCGAGCUCACCUCAGAGCGCUGCUUCGCGCUGCUCAGUCAGCGAAUCAUGCUAGAUGACGGCCAUGACUACGGAGAAUUUGGGGAUCCGCACUCUCAUCGGGUUGAGGCGAAUAAGCAGGCAUAUGCAUCGCUCCAGCGACAGCAAGUCGACGAGCAUUUGCGCAUGCUCUAUGCUCUGAGCACCUCCGGAGACACUUUGGGCACGUACAUAGCUUGCGAACCUCUGGUGUCACACGCGGCUGCGGUGUUCAUGGCCACGCCCAGAGAUCCAACGGCGUCUAAAGCGACAGUCUGGGCUCGGUGCUGGGAGCACUUUCGAGCCUUGGUUGGUAAUUGCGUCGUCUAUGAUCAGGGAACUUACGGAGAGAUCACGGCCCAGGCGCUGCUUACUGUGUGCAAGGAUGCGACUCCACGGCCGUCGGCUGGAGCAUCAAAUCUGCCAAACCAACUCGCACGGACAGAUCCUGUUCACCAUUUUGUCGAGCUGCGCGCAUAUCUUGAGAGUCUAUUCAGCACGCAGAAUAUAAAAGAGUCAGCAAGAACACAGGGCGCUGAGAACGCCGGCCAGGCGGCAUGGGCGAACCUGCUCGAAAGUACUGGGGAUGUCUGGGUCAACUUCACUCGUUUUCACCGCUUACGCCGGCUCGUCCAGACUAUCAACACUGACGUGCUUUGGGACGCGUGGGUCCAUAUGACUGCGAUCGUAGGUGCCAAGGGUCAAGCGAAUUGGGACCUAUUGAUCCCUGUUUAUUGCGGCGCUAUCACCGAGCCUCUGAAUCCUCUGGCAUUCUCAUUCAUCGAAGUGCAAGUCAAAGCGCACAAGACGCCUUACACGGCGGUGAUGGAACCCAGCGCAACCGCUGAAUUCUUGACCUCGCUCGUGCAACCACCAAUCAUCCUCCUGUUGAACGUCGGUAACAGCGCUCCAAACAAUGCAGAGGUUAUUGUUCAGCCGCACCUUCCAAGUACACGGAUUGAGACGCGCAACACGCGAUCACGGAAGAGGUACUGGCAGAUAUCCACGCGCGGUUUGCUGCGUGUCAACCAUCCAGGCUUGGACGCUCUUCUGCCUUCUUCGGCUGGCAUGAACGACUUUCCCAUCUCCAAGCAUCCCCCGGAGGUUCUCGAUGCUUGGAGUGAACAGCGUCGGCAUAGGAUGGAGGCUCGAAACGAUCCAGAGCACGACGAGUGGCUGCGCAAUCUGGUCGAAGCGGAAUCAGACCUUGCCCCCUUCUUCCGUGGGCGUUCUCCCGCCUACACCACCCACACCCUCGAGAAGCUGGCUAUCAGCUACAGUCAUUGCGCAGAUCGUCGCCUCCCAAGCUCCACUUUCACCUCUAGCCCUCGUGCCUACCCAUUUCAACCUAUGGUGAUGGACCUCGUGCUUCAGAAGAUCUCGCGCAUAGAAGAAGAGACCCGACCUCCGAAGCGUUCACUCUCGCAGCUUCCUCAAUUCGCAAUAUUGGCCCGCUAG